AUGAGUGAUGGGGAUGAGACGGGAGUAACAGCUCUCCAUCAACACUCCAUCAUGGCGACCGCUCUCGAGCCUUCGCCGCCGCCGCUCGUCGUCCAGCGCACAGGCGACUCGGGUUGUGCAAGCGACACGACGCACGCCACAACCGACACCCUCCCCUCCAGCGUUGACGGUGACGAGCCAUCGCCCGUCCAAGCUCCUCUGCGCAGAAAGUACCACCGAUACAUCUCACGCAGUGCUGCGAAGCGUGAUUCUGUCGCGAUCCUUCCCUCGAUCCGCGACCUCCAGCUCCACUUCUCCAGUGGUGGCGUCGCACACCGUGAUGGAGCGGGCGCCGGCAUCCGUACAAAUCCGCUCGGCGCAGUUCCGGAACGCGCAGAGCACAAGCCGUGGAAAGAGGUCGCUCUCAACCGCAUCGCACCGAGGGAGGCGCGCAAAGAGGCCACCUUCCUCGCACGUGAGGUGUCCGCAACCUGGGCGGCGGAAGGCGCACCUGUCGAUCUGCGAUCAGUAUUCGUCGACACGGCUGCGGCUGUGCGCCGUAUGCGCACACUCGCACUAUCCCUCGCAACAGCAGGCAGGCGAGUAAGCACGCCCCGCGCGCCCGCGACCUUCAGCGUGCCCUCUCGCCCCACGGGCGUCGGCGCAACGCCCCGCUCUGUUUCAGCACCUGUGUUAGGUAUCGACCGUACCGCGCCAUUACGCCGUGCAGCGCUCGACGUGCUAGGCCAGCUCCGCGCUCUCGAGGAGCGCCUGCGCAACGGUCUCCCAACGCUCGUAGUGAACGGCGAGCUGGCCGAGUCGCCCGUGCAGGAACACGCCCCGUUGUCUCCUUCGGCCACGAGCGGAGCGAGCUGCGCUGACGAGUGGUCCGAUGACGACGAAUACGACAUAAACGAGGCGGCCAGGAUUGCCGAGGCUACAUGCUCUCGCCCGCCAUGGGAAGAGCGCAUCGUCAGCGAGUCGCAAGGGUAUCGCGCCGUCGACGGGGACGAAUGGGCAGCCGAGAGCAGGGCAGCACGCGAUGCCGUGCUCCGCUGGGUCGAGGUAGUUGGCCGCCUCUUCCGAGAAGCACCUGUCGGACCGGCCGACGCGUGGGUCGACGCGUGGGUCGACGCCGAUGGUAUGGACCGCGUCCACUCCUUCCUCACCACCCACCUUACAUCGGAACAGGCGGCACUCCUUCCCCGAUCUGGCCACGCCCUUCUCGACCGCCUCAGUGACGGCUACCUCCUCGCGCACGCAUACAACGCGUAUCUCCUCACAUCAGCACGGCCGUGGGGCUUUGUCCCCGAUGAGGACCUGCACGACACACUCGGCGUCGAAGAGGGCGAAUGGACGUUCCGCCGCUCCGAGAACCUCACCUGCUGGGCUGCUGCGGUACGCAUGCGCUUCAACAUCCCGAUAUCGGUGCUAGCAACGCCGACGAACUCGACGAUCGUUACACCCAAGACGGCAGCGCAGGCUGCCCUGAGCCGCCGCCGCAGCCUACAGAUCUACGAGUUUGACCCGCUCGUCGUGGCCAAGCGCACAGACGGGUGGGAACGCAUGCUCCAAACCGUCAUCGAGGUGUGGAUGGUCGAGGCCGCGCGCGAAGUGCGCGAGCGUGCCAAGUUGAUCGCGGCGGGGAGUGAGGCGGCCGCACAGCAAGUUCAAGCAGAAGUGACAAGUGCAAACCAACAACCAGACGCAUAG